AUGAAACUGGGGAAUGAAACACGAAUAUCAGAAUUUCUUCUCCUGGGACUUUCAGAGGAACCCGGACUACAACCCAUUCUCUUUGGGCUGUUCCUGUCUAUGUACCUGGUGACAGUGCUUGGGAACCUGCUCAUCAUCCUGGUCAUCAUCUCAGACUCCCACCUCCACACUCCCAUGUAUUUCUUCCUCUCCAAUCUUUCCUUUGUGGACAUCUGUUUCACCUCCACCACAGUCCCAAAGAUGCUAGUGAAUAUACAGACGCAGAGCAAAGUCAUAACAUAUGAAGGCUGCAUAACCCAGGUGUGCUUUUAUUUACUCUUUGGAAUUUUGGACACCUUACUCCUGACCGUGAUGGCCUAUGACCGGUUUGUGGCCAUCUGUUACCCCCUCCAAUACACAGUCAUCAUGAAUGUCCGCCUCUGUGGACUCCUGGUUCUUGUGUCCUGGAUCAUGAGUGCCCUGAACUCCUUGUUCCAUAGUUUAAUGGUUGUGCAGCUGUCCUUCUGUACAGACUUGGAAAUCCCCCACUUCUUCUGUGAACUUAACCACGUUGUCCACCUUGCCUGUUCUGACACCUUUUCUAAUAACAUGGGGAUUUAUGUUGCAGCAGGGCUGUGGUUUUGUGGACCCCUUAUUGGGAUCCUUUACUCUUACUCUAAAAUAGUUUCUUCCAUAUGUGCAAUCUCAUCAGGUCCAGGAAACUAUAAAGCAUUUUCCACCUGUGCAUCUCACCUCUCAGUAGUCUCCUUAUUUUAUUGUACGAUCAUAGGUGUGUACCUUAGUUCUGCUGCUACACAGGACUCACACUCAAGUGCAACAGCCUCAGUGAUGUACACUGUGGUCACACCCAUGCUGAACCCCUUCAUCUACAGCCUGAGAAAUAAAGACAUACAUGGGGCCCUGAAAAGACUCUUCAGAAGGAAGCCAUAA